GAGGGAGGGAGGAGCUGCUACAGCCCCACGAUAACAAAGGCCAGAACAGGCCCUGGGGGGCAUAACUGGUCUGAAGGAGUGAGAAACCUGGGGACAGGUGACCAGCCAUUGGGUUUGCCAGCCUUGCCUCCGGCUGUCUUGUGUUAGCAAGCCUCACCCUAACCCCCACACAGCCCAGGGAUCUGAAAAGACUCCAGACAUCUGACGCAUGUAAGGCCAGCAGAGCUAAACCAAGAAGGCGGGACUAAGGGAGGGGCCAGCAGGCAGGUGCCUUGCCCCAAGGAGCCACCUCUCUGAAGCGGUCUCUGCGUGACCAGGCUGUGCCAGAGACACAUCCACGUUGGUAGCUGCGGAAAUCCCAGGCAACUCCCCGUGUGGCUGCUCCCUGCUUCAAAAGUCAGCCUUGGACACCUGAUCUGCCUUCCCAGCUUGGAUCCUGGAAUUCCUUACCUCUGAGCUGACACCCGGAUCCUGCCAAAACCAGCCCUCGGUUCCUUCCUUUUUGUGCCUGGUGUUUCCCCCAGGGGCUGUCAUCCUGGGCCAUGGCCCAGAAGGCAGGCCCGGGACCUAGGCAGCUGGAAGCUAUGGCCUUUCUGCUCUUUCUUGGAUUAUUACAAACAGGGAUGGGGGCUGACCGAACUGAAGUCCCCUGCGGUGUAGUUGUCCAAGCACGCAUCACAGGUGGUAGCAGUGCAAACCCUGGUCAGUGGCCCUGGCAGGUCAGCAUCAACUACGAUGGCGUCCAUGUGUGUGGCGGGUCUCUCGUGUCUGAGCAGUGGGUGCUAUCAGCUGCUCACUGCUUCCCCAGUGAACACUAUAAGAACGAUUAUGAGGUAAAGCUGGGGGCCCACCAGCUAGACUCCUACAGCACUGACACUGAGGUCCGCGGUGUGGAGGAGAUCAUCUCCCAUCCCAGCUACCAACAGGAGGGCUCAGAGGGCGACAUUGCACUCCUCCGCCUCAAUCACCCCAUCACCUUCUCCCGCUAUAUCCGGCCCAUCUGCCUCCCUGCAGCCAAUGCCUCCUUUCCUAAUGGCCUUCAUUGCACGGUCACUGGAUGGGGCCAUGUGGCUCCCUCAGUGAGUCUCCAGGUCCCCAGGCCACUGCAGCAACUUGAGGUGCCACUGAUCAGUCGUGAGACAUGUAAUUGCCUGUAUAACAUUGAUGCCAAGCCUGAGGAGCCCCACUUUAUUCAGCAAGACAUGCUGUGUGCUGGCUAUGUGAAUGGGGGCAAGGAUGCCUGCCAAGGUGACUCUGGAGGGCCACUCUCCUGCCCUGUGGAGGGCCUCUGGUACCUGGCAGGCAUUGUGAGCUGGGGUGAUGCCUGUGGAGCCCCCAACAGGCCUGGAGUGUACACUCUGACUUCUAGCUAUGCCUCCUGGAUCCACUACCAUGUGCCAGAACUCCAGCCUCAUGUGGUGCCCCAAAUCCAGGAGUCCCAGCCCGAUGGCAACCUCUGCAACCAAAGUCUGGCCUUCAAUUCAGCCCCAGCACAGAGAUUGGUAGGGUCCAUUCUCCUGCUGCCGCUGGGCCUGACCCUAGGCCUCUUCUGCUCUUGGAAUGAGUUCUAAGCUACCCACUCUGGAAGCUGACUGCUUGCAGGACUGACACAGUACACCCAUGGACAUAUCCCUAUUCACAGGAGGGAACCUGGUCUCGCUGUGACCUUUGGGCCUGGGAUCUGGCUUGGCUACACCUUCCUCCCAGGACUGUUUGAAGCCAGGGCACCAUCCUGAUCUUUGAGCCCAUUCUUCUGGAUUUGCCCUUUGGGACUAAAACCCAUGAUCAAAGGUUUUACAGCCUGUGGUACUGGCCAAAACCUCCGGCCACCUCCACCUGCUAUCUACAGCUUAUUGGUUGGGCUCCUAUGGAGCACCGAAGAACCUUUAGCUAUGAAAAUAAGCCCUGGCUCCCAACUGUUUUGGGAAGACUGGGCAGCUGCCCAGCUGACUGCUGCUGAAGGGUAGGCUUCAGUGCCCCACCUGCCCUGCCUGAUGAGCCUAUUGCUCUGCCGUCUUCCUGCCUUCUGGAAUGCUUGCCUGAGACAGGAGAGGCCCCAAUCUUGCCCCACUGGCCACCAAGCUGCCCCUGAGCUCUGACUCCUGGACUCCGGAGGACUGAGCCCCCACCGGAACUGGCUGGGGCUUUGGGAUCAGGGAUAGGGGACAAAAGGAGCAAGGAGGAGUAAAAUGUUUUGAGCGCAA